AUGCUUUUGAAUGAAGUGAUAUUCACCAUCUGGUUGCUGACCGGUUUCGUGGCAGUGCUCACUAUCUUCUUCAACCUCUACAUCCUCCUGAUGAACCUGAAGACCUACCGCAAAAACGGACACUGGGCACCUUGUGAGAUCAUCAUCACUGCCUUGUGUCUGUGCAGUGGUGCGCAUCAGAUCAUCUGUUACCUGUGGAUGACCAUGGACAACCUGGACCCUGACUGUUUCCUGGGGGAUCUCUUCUACUCACUCCUUAUGGUGACCAUCUAUAGCCUGAAGUUCUCCAUUGUGUGGAGCACCGCUUUCCUCUCCUUUUUCUACAGCACCAAGCUGGUGAUUGAGCCCAUUCACUGCUACACCAGGAUCCAGGAUGCAUUCCUGAAGCACACCACCACUGUGGUGCUCAUCAUUCCACUCUGUGGAUUCGUGAGCUGUGUCCCUAUGGUCUCUGUUAUUUCCUCUGCUAACGACACCCGGGUCUUCAAGGACUGCGGGGCACUGAUUCCUUCUGACUCUCCUGGGAAAUUCUACCUCGGCUUCUAUCUCUUAGCUUCCGACAUCAUCCCAGGUUUGCUAAUGAUCAAGUCCAGCAUCUCAAUCACUGUCCAUCUGGCCAUUCACCUUCGCCACAUGAAGGCCAGUACCAAUGGUUUUCACACUCCCAAACUGGGCUCAGAGAUGAGGGUCAUCCGGAUGACGCUGGCCCUCAUGGGUGUCUUCUUCUGCUUUGUGGCAGUCGAUAUAUGUGUACAGUACUAUAAUGCCAUUUACGCAGAGAACGUGAUGGCUCUCACCACUCUCUUCUCCUCCAUCUACACUGCUGCCAGCUCCUUCAUUCUUGUUUAUGGCAAGAAGACACACUGGAAGGAACUUCUGUACAUCUACAGCCAGGUCGUAGAUCAAUACCCCUGCCUCACCUGCCUCAGGGUACCAGAAAACAAGCACACAGCUGAAGACCACCAAAAGCAUUAG